AUGUCCUCCAGGUUUGUGUCAGGAGGCACAAUCGACAAGCCUGCCGAGCGCGAUGAUGAGUGGCGAAAGGCGCAGGAAGAGCUGGAGGAGAAGGCCCGGCGAAAGGUCGCGGACGGCCAGCAGGACGGCGGCAAGUCGCUCUUCGAGGUCCUGCAGGCGAACAAAGCCGCCAAACAGGAAGCCUUUGAAGAAGCUACCCGAUUGAAGAAUCAGUAUCGCGGCCUGGACGACGAUGAGGCGGAUUAUCUCGAUUCGGUUCUGCAGGAGACACGCCGGCAGGAAGCCACCAUACGCAAGGAGACGCUGGACCAGCUACAUGUCUUCCGCAAGAAGCAAGAGGAGGCAGAGAAAUCUAUCGGGGGAGAGCAGAGCGCUGGCGGUCCUAUAGAGGACGAGCCGCAGUGGGGUGUAAGCGGACACAAACGGAAGAGAACGCAUGGGAGGGGGCUGUUAAAGGGCGUCAAGCUUCGGAAGUCCUCGUCCUCUGCCGAGCAUAAGACGGCUGUGGGAAACGCGUCCUCGACGGGCACUCAGUCAGACAACAAGAAAGGGGACACUGCCACAAGCAGGACUGGGAAGGAGCCAACAGCCAUGAGGAAGUUGCUGCCAGUGACUACAACUUCACCCUUGAUGCAGCAAGUGAAGCCGGCCCUCCUCGGCUUGGAUUAUGGCUCCGAGGACGAGGACUAACUGAACGUUAUUCAACGAGCCCCGUCUAUGCAUCGAAUGAGCCUGUUCAUCUGCGGCUGGGGUCUAUGAACGUCGCGCUGAACAUGAGGUUGCUAGUACACGCUAACCCAGGUCUCAGAUAUUUGUAUUUCU